ACGGCGAGCUCUACGCCGGCACCAUGAACAACUUCCAGGGCAACGAGCCCAUCAUCUCCCGCUCGCUGGGCAGCCGAACUCUGCUCAAGACGGACGCCUUCCUCCGCUGGCUUUCGGCCGACGCCGCCUUCGUGGCCUCCUUCAGCUUCCCCGGAGAUGACAAAGUCUACUUCUUCUUCGAGGAGACGGCCGAUGAGUUUGAUUUCUUCGAGCGGCUCCUGGGCUGAGCAUCCUCCCGACUCCCGCAGAGCGAUGUCGGGGGGGACAAGGUGCUGCAGAAGAAGUGGACGACGUUCCUGAAGGCCCAACUGGUGUGCUCGCAACCCGGCCACUUCCCCUUCAACGUCAUCCAUCACGCCUUCGCCCUGCCCCGCCGCAACGGCAGUGCCGACUUCUACGCCGUCUUCACCUCGCAGUGGCAGGCGGGCAGGGCGGGCAGUGCCGCCGUCUGUGCCUACAGCCAGGAGGCUCUGGAAGAGGUCUUCAAGGGCAAGUACAAGGAGCUGAACAAGGAGAGCUCCCGCUGGACGGUCUACAGCGGCCCCGACAUGAGUCCCCGGCCCGGCAGUUGCUACAUGGGUCCUUCCUCCGACAAAGCCCUCACCUUCAUGAAGGACCAUUUCCUAAUGGACGGGAAGGUGUCGCCCAUCCACGGGCGGCCGCUGCUGGUGAAGACGGACGUCACGUACACGCGCAUCGCGGUGGACGAGAUUCGUGGUCUCUCAGGGAUCACCUACCGCGUCAUGUUCCUGGCUACAGCGGAGGGUUUCCUGCACAAAGCGGUGGAGCUGCGCGAGGGUCCCCACAUCGUGGAGAGCAUCCAGCUCUUUGGGAUGCCAGAGCCGGUGAAGAACCUACUGCUGGCCCCGGGGAAGGGCGUCCUCUUCGUGGGCUACUCCGGUGGUGUCCUCCAAGUCCCGUUGGCCAACUGUAGCCUGCACCGGACCUGCGCCGAGUGCUUGCUGGCACGGGACCCGUACUGCGCCUGGCACAGCGUCACCGGCUCCUGCCAGCCCACCCGCACCAUCACCGCCGAGGACAUAGAGUUGAGUACGGGGCCACGGCGGGAUGGGGUGGGGACACAGCUGGACGGGGACCGGAGGGGUAACGCCGUCGUCCGCCUGCCGUGCCCCCGCCGCUCCGCCCUGGCUACCUACAGCUGGCAGCAACCCGGUGGCCGGGGGGGCCAGGGGAAUACGGUGCUGCUGCCUGACCACACGCUGGUGGUCAUCAUGCAACAGGGGACUGCUGGCACCUACAAGUGCCGGGCCACCGAGAACGGCUACACCUGGACCGUGGCUCAUUACCAGCUACAGGACCCCAGUGGGGCAGCCCCCCAGCUGGAUGGGCUGACUGAGGAGG